UGGAAAAUUACAGCUGCGAAGCUCGACAGUAGAUGAUGAAGAUGAACAGCCCAGCACUUCGACAAACAAAUAAAGCAUGACGAUGAAAAAGCGUAUACUAAACACUCGCUUCUCGAGGUUUCAUCAACCAUGAACGCAAGAUAAAUAAACUGAAAGAAUGGUGUGUUGCGGUUGGUGUUGCGGUGACGACACCGAGCUUCUAGUCGAUGCCGAUACCCCGGCGAAGGACCAAUUGCGCCAGGUCGUCGUAGACCAUUCGAAGGCGGCUGUAGUUGCGGUCGACGUCGACGACAGCACCACGGCAUUGGAAAAUGUCCCACUGAUGGCAGCAUCCACAGCUUUUGAGGAAGCAAGCGCAGCACAGGAAAAUCUUACCCCCGACGAUGUAGACCCAGGCGGUGUUCUUCCAGCAGCUCCCAAGAAAGAAGAUCAAGAGCGCAAGUCAAAACUGAUUCCACCCUUGACUUUUUUACCGACGCCCGCCAUCAAAAGCAGUAUUCGGACCAGUGCAGGGUCGUCUGUUGCUGCUCCUAAUGCAGCAUCUCGAAGAUCGUCUACCAACUCCAACACCACAACAGCAUCGACCCAAAUAAAUCUCCAACCUUCCGGAGAUCAGGCGCAGCGCAACAGUGCGGCGGCCCGUCGGCCUUCCGGGUCGAGUUUUCAGUUGAAGCCGCGGAUUUCGGGGUUUAAUUUUGUCGGAACUACGCAGAAAAAACCGCUGGGAGGUGAAGCCACCACAAGUACCUCAACGAUCAUCCCCCGGCCCAGUGAGGACGAUGAAGAUGGUGCAGCUCCUGCUGGUGUUGAUCCACGACCUCGAGGAACUACAUCCUCAAAUGCGGGCAGCAAAAAAUCUUCCAUAACGAGCUACUCGGAGCGAACUACAGGUGGAACAGCUUCGCCACUUAAUCUCUCACCCACCGGUGCGAAAAGAACGGUUACGCAAACGAAGUCGCAAUUUUCCUUUGGUGAGGAGGGGGUGUACGGCGAACUCCGCACGACAACCGAUGAGCACCACGACAACAACGAUCACGAGCAAUUGCACGACGAAGUGCGGGAACAGAUCGCGAACAUCGAUAAGGUUUUGAAACACGAGGAAUCUACGUUGAACAGUCGCGACUUCCGCAGCCUGAUUCGGCGCGAGGAGGAGGACCAUUUACGCGGCCUGCCCUCGUUCGUCCACAAAGCGAAAGCGGGGCUGAAAACCGCGGUGACUGGUCUGUCUGAAGUCGGCGACAGUAGUACAACGACCCGGGAUGGUACUAGCUUAACCGACGCAUCAUCAGUCGGAAGGAGGACCGGCGACGGGGAGAAAAUGUUUCGCGACGCGGCGGAAGGUGUGAAACUGAAAAGUGAGGAAAGCGUUGUUCCACCCAGGAGUGCGAGUGCCAAUAGCAGUGGUGGACGUUCUGGUCCGUCUCAGCAAACUACUACACAAGCAUCUUCUAUCCCAAGAUUGUCCUCAAGGCCGGAAAGUGAAAGAGUUCCCUCGAUCCCCAGCGCCGAAGAUCGCUCGUUUAUCAAAUUUCCGUCCGCAUUGCGGAAUGUCAGCGGCGCUUCCGGAUCCCGAGCUACGGGUGGUGUCCCGAGUGCGUUCAAGGACUACAGCUCGGCCGGGGAUUCGAUACUGCGCUCGGACGACAGUACUAUGAUCCCCUCCUCGGGAGUAGCUGCACCUGGUGCACAGCCGACCAGCAGCGGGAUGUCGUCCAAUAUCAGCAGUUAUGCCUCGCAGAACAGUGUUGACUCGCGAAUCACAGAACAAGUAUCGCAGAUGAACAAAGACAACAAACGGGGUGGAAACAUCAAUACGAAUACGUCGAAUAGGCCUAGCUCCUCGGCCGCCAGCAUUCUCGACGACUCCCGCGUGACGGAGCAAACGCAGAACUAUCAUGCGCAAAAUUGAUAUCUUCGUGCCCGUACUGAUUGCACUCGUGCGUGACAGGUGUGUCUUUUUACUAGUCAGCGACAUACUCUUGUUCGUUGAUUCUGGAAAACGAAAAGCUUGUGGUGUAAUUAGUACAAACUCACACGAUAUUAUUUUUGAACUGCAUAAGAACAAGCGAGGCACCACCACCACUGCGGCUACAUUCACGUUCGGCACUACCGUUCUCUCCGCCCCAGGAACUGCAGCUGGACAAAGGGACAAGGAGGGGGGUGCGACGGUAGUACACGGUGUAAAACAAGGAGAACUACACCCGGCAGGGCACACGCAUACAGCUACCUUCGGGGAUAGCGAUGUUGAGGCUGCUGCUGAACAACAGCAAAACCGUCAAACCAAUAACAGUAAGUCGGAGAUGAAUUACGUGGAAGGCGAGCACCAUCGGGAAAGGGAUGGCUCAACAUCAGGGUUCCAGUGGUCAUCCUCCUCCUCAUCCGCUUCGGGGAAUGAUUCUAGCAACGGGGUGGACGACGACGUGGCAGCUCCCGUGGGCGUCGUGAGGAACAAGGAAGCGUCGAAUCGCAGGGCAACUCCUGAUUUCGGUACAACCACGACUGCUUCGCCUGCUCUCAUUCCGUCACCGUCGAUACCAACCAGAACCAUCGUCUCGACCAGCCCGAACAGCCGAAAACCCGGUGCAGUUGAUGCGCAGGAACGACCCAGAAGUAGAGGAAUGACAGCCCCGAAAGGUGUUAGCAUUCCCAGUAAUACCAUCACAUCUAUCUCGCCCCACAUGUCCGCGGCAGCGCGUCUAGCGGCACGGCGGUCGGCGGCUAGAGCGAAAGCGACUGCAGCUUCGGGCACUGGGAGAGGAGGUAAUGUUCCUACUUCUUCAUCUUCUACCGGUGUGGUAGAUCAUGCUAAGAAGACGUCGGCGGGGGAUGAUGUUAUGUAGGGAGCGGUCGGAGUGAACCUGAAAACCAGGAGCCUGUUACCUCCAAAAUACACAGCUUCGAAAUUGACUUCGUUUUAGGCUUUACAGAAACAAUUGACAUGAACUAAUCACAGCUAACACUAACGUAAACUAAUUUUUGGCUUGCUCCUUAUUAUACACAGUUUCUUGAAAAUACACCUUCUGGUAGAAGUUGGCAGUUACUUGCUACAGAAGUUUGAAAUUGAAAAAUGCGGACUUGAAACCUUUCUUGACUGAUUUGAAAACCUGUAUCUGAAGUUGAUAUUGACAGCUAUUUCGCUUCUCCUGAAAAAUUUGCACAUCGAUCGAUCGUCGCCGUGGUUACGACCAGCACCAGCAGUCUUGCGGAGAUCGAAAUUCAAAUUGACAUCUACGUUUGGCUUUGGACAACUACUACUACAUUGAAAUCGAAAAUUAGUUUUGGAUGAUUGAUGAAAAGAUAUGACACGGUGGAGCCAUGGACAUGGUCAUGGACAUCGUGUUGGUCGACUGCGCCUGCCACGUCAUACGCAAGUACAACGGGUUUCGCUCCGGCAUUGCUCAGUAAGUCGGCUCUAUUUCGUUCUACUUGCUCUAUCGUAGACUCGUUUUCGCGCUGCGUCAUCGUUAUUUCGAUAUUGUUGAGCUCUUAUUUCGUGGGUAAAGCUUUCGUGUCUUUUCAGCAGCGGAGGGCUGGUCGAGCUCGAGGGUGACAACAUAAUCGUUCUUCACAUUUCGUGAAUCGUGGUCAUCUUCACGUAGCGACGCUGGUUUUGUGUAAACGUGCUUGUCAUAAACAUCAUCUCAUCAAUUUUCCUCUGCAGCAACACGACCACAGGCGUUUGGCCGAUUUAGUUUUUGAUUCUGCUGCUGAAAGAGAAAAUCGAAGAAAAAGACUGUAGUGUACGAAUAGAAAACCGCAGUCAACUACAGGAACAAUGGCCUCCGCCUUGAUGAUCUGCGGCGGUGGCGUGCUGACGCUGCUUUUUUUGAAAUUCCUGGGCCAGUCAGUGAAGAAAAAGCGGAAAGCGACGGGUUCGAAGUACCAAGCAGGUGGCGGUGCUGCACGGGGGAAGAAAAAAUGAACAGGAGGAUAUUGCUGUAGUUGCUGGCCGUCGUGAAUUUCUCAAACAGAAGAUAAUUUUUCAAGAAAGCUAGUUAUCGAGCUAGUCGUGUUAACCAGUAUCGUCAGUCCGAUCUCGAACAGGUAAAGCUCAAAAGUGUGGCUUUGAU